AACUGAUUGGUCACAUCAAGGAGUUGUUCAAGGGCAGUGCAACUUUGAAAUUUGCGAUCUAUCAAAUAAUUUCGCUGUGACAAACAUACUUAAGUUGGUCCCAAAUACUUAAUAUAUCUGUAAUUUCUUUUGAUCUGCUGAACACUUCAGAAUGGUGACAGUAUCAUCAGAUGAUAGCGAAAAUAACUUCACUGAAAAAAACAGGAGUACAAAUAUUAAAAAAAUUACGAGUAUAGCAAAAUCAUGGGGAAUUAAUGGAAAAGUGACAAUACGUAAAUUGAGAUCGAUCAUACUUCUCUGUUUUUUUUCUAGAUGAACUUGGUUUACUACUCGUCGAAAAGUCCUCAACAUAUCCUGUGCGUAAGAAUGAUUUCAGAAUCUUUGAGAGGAAGGAUUGCUAUUCUUGAAUAUGCGGACUCGUCUCAGCAACUCCUUCUACAACUACAAAAGUCAAAAAAAUUUAGUAAUCUAAUACUUCAGCUCAUAACUAAUUUAUUGGGAGUACCUACAGCUAGAAAAAUGUUCAAUGUCCCAAAAUUUAUCAGUUAUUUAUCCAGUAAAUCAGAUGAUUCAGAAUUAAAUCUACGCAAACAAUUAGUAUUAUGGUUAGUUAAUUUACCAAGUCAAAAUCUAGUUGAUCAUUUGGCUUCACAAUAUGGUUUACAUGAUCAAAAUUGGAAUAUUUCAACUGAAAACAAGUAAUUUCAUAAAAGUUUGACUAACACAAUUAUCACAACUUACUAAUUGGUAUUUUAUGUUACGAUUUAUUGGUUCAUUGUUUUAGUGAAAUACAAUAUAAUAUUUAUCAAAUGA